AUGAGGAUAGAUGGGUCGAGGCAAGGGGUGGGGAAAUUAGCAAGCAAUAUUGGCCCUUUGUUAUUCCUCCGCUUCAAUCCGUUGUCUCGGUUGGCUCCAUUUUUUUCCUCCAUAGAAUUACGAGGCAUGAACAGGGCAACGAAAAUAGCCCUAAUCAACUUAAACAACUCCCCUUUACAUCUGAGAACAGCUUUCUUUCAUUCAACUCCUGUCCUCGAUCGUCGACGACGCACCCACUGGGAAUCUGCUGGAAGUUUUUACAGAAGCUCCUCAAGGAGACCCAACUUCAAUGCAAGAAGACAAAGAAAGUUUUAUGCUAAACAUGAAAUGCUUAGGAAUGCUAGUGCUUUUGCAGAAAACAUUUUCCAGGGAUUGAAUGAUCAUGAUGAAUUUGACCCAUCUUCAAGUCAAGGAAACUCAUGGUUUAGAGGUCAUAGUGGACCCGGUGGGACCCGAGCUAACAGUAAGGGGGCCCAGGCUAGGGCCCGCAAAAAAAGAUUUCAGUUUUAUGAAGCUGGUGAAGAUGUUGAGACGAUUUUUCGAUCUGCUUUUGGUGGAAAUGGAUUCUAUUUUUGGUCUUUUAUAAAUGAUGAAUCGCCAAGAAAUUCAUCAGGCUUCUAUAAUAAUCAUGGGGCUUCAUGGAAUUCCAGACAUCAGUUUGAAGAUGAAGAUGAAGAUGGGUACUCAUCUGAGUCAAACAGAUUAGAAACUGAUUUGACAAAAGACAGGAUUACCCUUGGUUUGACUCGUUCUGGCCCUUUAAACCUUGAAGAUGUUAAAAAUGCAUACCGAGUUUGUGCAUUGAAAUGGCAUCCAGAUCGUCAUGAGGGUUCUUCCAAGGCAAUUGCAGAAGAGAAAUUCAAGGUCUGCAGUGCUGCAUAUCAAUCUUUAUGCGAAAAAUUGGCGAUUAAUUAAAAAUAAAAUAAAAAAUAAUUUUUCUAUUUACCAAUGCCACUUAGUGGUCAUUUGAUUUUUAGUUAUUUAGUGUGUUUCAUUUUUGUACACCAUCAUUAGGAAACAUUAUGCUUUUGGUUGAUUGUACAAUUUACUAAUUUCUCCCUGAACAAUUUAUUAUAUUUUCUUGUGUUAGCAAUUGUUAAGAUUGCU